AUGACGGCGAGUCCUCAAACCAUCAAAAUUGGCUCAUUUGAAGUGGCCCGUCCCAUUGCGUUCGCCUAUUUACUCUCUAUUUUCUAUAAUAUUACAUUUUUCCUUCAAUUUUCUGCUACACCGUACCUGGUGAAACAUUUGCAACUAUCUGAUGCAGAUUACGGAUAUAUUCAAACAAUAUUUGGGGUGUUUCAAAUGGUUGGAGGACCACUUUUUGGCUAUGUAAUACAGAAAUUUGGAAUCAGAUUGGCACUACAUUUAUGCUAUUUUUCAACACUUUUGUCUGGAUUAAUGUUGUAUUUCUCGUUUGACUACUAUUCUCUUCUACUCUCCCGUAUCCCUGUUGUAUUUAUGCAUGGACAACAAGCCCACCAAACUCUUCUCUCAGCUCUUACAUCUCCUGGAAAAGAAAGAACAAGUGCAUUCGGACGAAUGGGCCUCACUUUUGGAAUCGGAUUUAUUUUUGUACCUAUUUUUUCAAUUGCUGCAACUAAAAUUGGCGGAGAUUUGGCACCAUUUUUAGUGUCAGCAGCAUUGUGUGCACUCCCAUCGUUUGUUUUGGAGACGUGUAUUGAGAGAAAAUCUUAUGAGCACGAAAUAACUCAAGAUAAUUCGAAUGGACCACCUCCAGAAAUCAACAUAACAAACGUUGUGCGAAUCCUUCAGAAGCCAGGUGUCCUCAAUGUAAUGGCGAAGAAAAAUGGAGGAGUCGUCCCAUUCCUCAUGAUCAUUGCAGUACUGAAUUUGUACAUUAUCGAAAAGUUCAAUGCAACGAACACUGAAAAUCAAAUAAUGCAAAUGAUGAUGGGAGUUUUCAUAAUGUUUUCAAAUGGAUUUGGAGUCAUUUGGUUGAGAAAGAAGUUCGAUGAGCAGACAUUGCUCAUUAUUGGCUCAUUGAGUUUUGUCCUGGGCUACACUCUGUUCACAUUUGUCUUCUUCAAUUUCUGGAUGCUUCUCGUCAUUAUGCCAUUUGUUUCAUUAGGAAUGAGUGUAGUCGCCACGUGUUCGGAUAGUUUAUUGACAGCAUUGGUGGAUGAAUCUGAGCAGGGAAUCGUGUUGGGAACAGCCACCUCGUUCAACUCUCUCGUUCGCACAUUUUCCCCACUUUUCGCUGGUUCUCUUCUCCAAAAUUACGGAUUCCAAUCGCUGACGAUUCUCGGUGUCGUUGGAUCACUUUUGGCUAUUUCACUUAUGGUUUUGUCGCCGGUCGACGAGAAUCUUAUUAAGAAACAUAAAACGGAGUAG